UUUGUGUUUUGACAGAGCAGUGUUUGUUUACGUCGAGAGAAAUACGUAUGUAGCCAGCUGCUAAAAAUAAAAGCGGCACGUAGACUGAAAAGAAUAAUAGCAUUAAAAUGAUUGGAGAAGACGUUCAUAACGCUGUACUUUUGAACCGUGAUAACGGUAGUGUUCCCAUUUGCUCUGACUCCAGACCAUCUGAAAUUAUUGCGAAAUUGCAAGAUGUUUAUGAAAAAAUCUUAGAAAGCGUUGACGAAGAUGCUGAAGUAGAUGCAUUGAAGUUGAAGGUCUCAACUCUUCAGUCCUGGGUUAAAGAUUUGACGGAACAGAAUAUGCUCCUUGUAGAGACCGCAGAACAACUAGAGAAAGAAGCAGCUGAACGGGUAUCCUUACUAGAAGAACGUAUACGACAGACAUCACAAGCGGCGUUGAAAUACAUGACUAAGUUGCAAGAUUAUGACAGCCAAGUUCAAGAUUUGGCUGGGCAAAAGAUAAAUCUUGUGAGCAUGACUCUGUCCCAAGAACAGCUUCAGACACGUGUAAGCAAUCUCCAGAAUGACAUAAAAAAUCUUUUGGAUCUAAUUCAGCGAGCUAAAGAGACGGGCUCUUGGGACUUGGAUAAUCUGUCUUUCAAGGAAGUGGUGUGGGAUGAUAAUUUUGUUGGUACAUUAUCAGUGGAGCAGCCUCAACAAUAUACCUCUGCAGAGCAAAAAAUAGGAAAUAAAGCAUCAGUGUCAGAUUUUGAGGAUAAAGUUGUGAUUCAAAAUUACCAAUCACAAAUUUCUCUAUGGAAAAGUAAGGCGUUAGAAGCAGAAGCGAAGAUAAAAAAACUAGAAGAAGAUGCCAUCAAUAAAAAAAAUACUCUGAGUGACUUGCAACAGCAAUUUGCAGAAAGUCAGACUUGCUUGGAUUCAACACUCAAGGAGAAUGAGAAAUUGUGUUCUCAGAUAAAGGCACAUGUGGAACAGAUGUCUUUAAAAGAUAAAGAAAUUGAAAAAAUCAAGAAAACUAUACUUGAUAUGGAAAGGUCUUCCAAGGAUGAAAGGGCAGCACUAACAGCCGAAGUAGCUGAAAAACAUGACGAAAUCAGAUCACUGACUGAAAAGAAUAAGCAGCUUGAAAAUCGAUGUCGAGAUGCAAAUAUGCAAACUCAGUUGAAAGAUGACAUUAUAAAACAGAUGAGGAAGGAUAUAAAACAGUUAAAAACGGAGACGGAAGGACAUUGCAUCUGCAAGAACCAGACGUCUCCGGAAAUGACGCUCCAGGUGACUGAUGGGAAGGACUCAGAGAAAACAACUGAAACUGUGGAUGCACGGAUUUUUGAUGAACAGACUCGGAUACACAUUACUCACAGUAUAAAAGAGAGUACACCGGAAACAAACCCCGCCGAAGUUGACAGUUUGAAGAAAGAAUUAUCAGAUACAAAAGAAGAAUUAGAAUCAUUGAAACUAAAUCAAAAGUCAAAGGAUCAGAUGCUUGCAAAUCAAAUGGAAAUGCUCAAAGUGCAACAGGAUACACUGAAUAUGACUCAGGCUGAGUUAAAGGAAGCACAGGAGCGUAUCAAAGAACUUGAGAAUAUGAAGAAAUCAGCAGAAGAUUUGUCUAAAGAACUUAAAGAUAAAAGUGAAGAAGAGAAAGCACAAAAAGAAGCUCUUGCAAAAGCUGAGAAGAGGAAUGAAGAACAGCAAGUGACCAUCAAAAAUCUUCAGGAGGCCUUACUGUCUACAAAAAAUCAGCUGGAAGAGCUCCAAGGAAAAGGAACAGUGGAAAUUAAUAUGAAAAAUGACACAAUAAAAGCACUUCAUUUGGCACUGUCGGAAGCUGAAAACCAAUAUAUAGAUUGCUAUGGGGAGGUGGUGAUAAAAGCAAAUACAGUGAAGAAUCUGAAGGAAUCAAAUCUCAGCCUCCACUAUCAAAAUGACACACUACAACAGGAAUUGUGUCUUCUGGGAUUUUUUUUAUCUGAGUUCUUUGUUGAACUCAGUAUGACAAAGGAGGAGUUGAAGCAGGAAAAUAAGAAACUAGAACAAACCAUAGAAAAACUAGAAAGAAAGGUCUCUGAAAUACAAAACUCGCUUGAUGAAACUGAAGAGAAAUACGAAAAGAUUGAAGAAAAUAACAGAAAGUUUCAGUAUGAAGUUAGUCUUAUGUCGCAACUGAAGGAAAUAUCAGACCAGAACAAUAUAGUGUUGGCAGCUGAGAUUAAGAAUUUAAAUGCAGAGAUUAACAAACUUCAGAACCAAUUACAGAGAAAAGAUUCAGAGAUGGUGGUGUGGUCUGUACUGAAGUACAGUUUGGACAAAGUUGCACAACUGUUCAGUAAGGCCCUGUAUUUUCAGAAAACUGCAGACCAGUUUUCUUCUUCAUUAAAAGGAGAAACUGAAGUACUGCAGGCAGAGGUUAGGAGACUGCAGCAUCAGUUGCAAAAGAAGACCUCGGAGGUGAGAGGAAUUGUAAACGAGAUGGGCAGUUGGUGGUGGGAUGAAUACUUGCAUGCAUGGUAGGUUCUCUGCAACUAGCUCUAAACAAAGAGAAGAACAGUGUGCAGCACUCAAAGAAAGCAUAUGGAUUUGCAAAUGAAACUUUAAAAUGUUAUCUUGUGCAAACUGAAUCUCUGUAUAAAAUGAAAGACAU